AUGCAACGGUAUAUGAAUAGUUUCAUAUUGAAUAGUUUGAGAAAUAUGUGUUCUCAAGCCAAGUCUACUAAACCGCCAUUAUCUAUUUUCGGCAUUGAAGGACGUUACGUGAACGCUCUGUACAGUGCUGCGUUACAGAUGAAACAAAUAGAACAAGUAGAAAAACAUUUACAGGCAUUGCAAAAGGAACUUGUUAAACCGAAGGUUGUAGACUUCGUAGAGACUAGUAUGAUAUCUUCUGCUGAUAAGGCUAAAUUACUAAAGGAGGUUGCUGAGAAAUCAGGUAUGCCUCCCGCGGCUAUAAAUUUCCUAGAGGUCGUCGCUGAGAAUGGAAGACUGAAAAUGCUCAGGAAAAUGAUUACAUUAUUUUCGGCAGUCAUGGUAGCCCAUAGAAAUGAAGCUCUAUGUGAGGUCAUAACGGCUAAGCCUCUUGAUGAUUCUACUAGAAAGACUUUGAUGGAAGCUCUUAAAAAAUUCGUCAAAGGUGGUAAAAAUAUAACACUCACGGAAAAAGUGGAUUCGUCCAUUAUCGGUGGCAUGAUCGUAGGUGUCGAAGACAAACACAUUGACAUGAGUAUCGCAAGAAAAGUGCAAAUGUAUACGGAAAUAUUAAAACAAUCAGUGUAA